CUGGCUCUGUAAAGUCAGACCCCACUCCCCACCUUCUCUAGGUCAUUGAACCCAGUGAAAUCCACUCCAAGUGCAACGUGGGCAAUCUGCACACCAGCCACUGCCUGGCUAGCGGAGAGGUGAUGAUCAGCACCUUGGGGGAUCCCCAGGGUAAUGGCAAAGGGAGUUUUGUGCUGCUUGAUGGGGAGACCUUCGAGGUGAAAGGCACGUGGGAGAAGCCUGGAGGGGCUGCUCCUAUGGGUUAUGACUUCUGGUACCAACCACGACACAACGUCAUGAUCAGCUCUGAGUGGGCAGCUCCCAACGUCCUCAAAGAUGGCUUCAACCCUGCUCACGUGGAGGCUGGUGAGAAUAACCUUUCGUCUGGCAGGAGCAUUGGCUCAUCCACCCCGCACCAGAUUUCAGGUCUCUACCCUGCACCAGGACCAACUCUAAACAGGCUAAGUCAUGCCAGGUGCGGAGUGCCCACCCGGCUCAAGCGUCCUCGGUGCCCGUUUCCAGCUCUCAUCCUAGUCGGGAGGCACCUGGUCCGUGGAGAAGGUGAUCCAAGUGCCCUCCAAGAAAGUGAAGGGCUGGCUGCUGCCUGA